CUCAGGGAAGAUGGCAGUGCUGGCGAGGGGUCCGCAUUGGCUACGGAGACCUUUGCUGCCUGUGGUCCAGAUUUGGGACCUCGACGCGCGGCGCUGGGUUCGGGCGCUUCGGCGGAGUCCCGUAAAAGUUAUGUUUCCAUCCGGAGAGGUGGUGGAGCGGAAGCGUCCUCCUAGGAAGCAGCCCCACGAGAUGGCGUCUGAGGCCAGUCCGCCGGGGCAAAAACCUAAACCACCGCCUCAGAUGUCCUCGUCCCAGACACCUCGCUCCUGGGAAGAGGCAGGGCUGCGCUACGAUAAGGCCUACCCCGGCGACAAGAGGCUGAGUAAUGUGAUGACAAUAGUUAAGUCCAGACCAUUUCGAGAAAGGCAUGGGAAGAUCCUGCUGGAAGGUCACAGGCUGAUUGCUGAUGCUCUCAAGGCUGGAGCUGUGCCCAAAGUUUUCUUUUUUAGCCGUCUGGAAUACAUCAAGGAGUUACCAGUCGAUAAGCUGAAAGGUGUUAGCCUCAUUAAGGUGAAAUUUGAGGAUAUCAAGGAUUGGUCCGAUGUAGUGGCACCACAAGGAAUAAUGGGGAUUUUUGCCAAACCAGACCAUGUUAAGAUGACAUAUCCAGAGAAACAACUUCAUCACUCACUGCCGUUAUUGUUGAUUUGUGACAAUCUCCGUGACCCUGGGAACCUGGGGACAAUUCUGAGAUCUGCAGCAGGGGCAGGCUGCAGCAAAGUAUUGCUUACGAAAGGCUGUGUGGAUGCCUGGGAGCCCAAAGUGCUGCGAGCAGGCAUGGGGGCCCAUUUCCAGGUACCUAUUAUCAACAAUCUAGAAUGGGACACAGUGCCCAAUUACUUGACCCCCGAUACUCGAGUUUAUGUGGCAGACAACUGUGGACUCUAUGCCCAAGCCCAAGUAUCUAGUAACUCCAGUGACCACACCAAAGGGGCUGAUCGGCGAUUCCUGAAGUUUCACAAGUAUGAAGAGAAGGAUAUGGACACUGACAGAGACUGGCUCCCUGAGCUGGAGGUCCAGAAUUACAACUUGGACUGGACAGAAGCCCCCGCAGCUGUGGUGAUAGGUGGGGAGACCCAUGGCGUGAGCCUGGAGUCUCUCCAGUUGGCUUCGAGCACUGGGGGCAAGAGGCUGCUGAUUCCUGUUGUGCCUGGGGUGGAUAGCUUGAACUCAGCCAUGGCUGCGAGCAUCUUGCUUUUCGAGGGGAAAAGGCAGCUGUGGCAAAGGGCAGAACUCUUGAGUAGGAACAAGUGUUUCCACUGAGAGCCGCUUAGGUGUUCCCUGGUAAAGGAUGCCUCCAUCUCCUCCUUCCCUGUAGGCUUUAGGCGGCCAGAAGAGUCUAGAACUGGCUUCCUGGGCCAUGUGGGGGCCGGAUGGAGGCAUUGCCGCCAGUAUCCAGUUAGUGGGAAAAUAAGAAUUUCUAUUACUUUCUGCCUUUCCUCGGAAACAAGAUCACAAUUUUUUUGUGUGCUGGUACUAAGGCUUGGAGUCAGGGCUUUUGCCUCAUGUUUUUGUUUGUCUUCCUUGAUCAAGGUUUAUGGUCUGCCAUUUGCACCAUACUUCUCUUUCAUCUUUCUGCCAAUGGGAGAAAAGAGUCUGAUAGAUCCCAACUGGCUUCAAACCUCAAUCCUUAGAUCUCGGACUUCUGAAUAGCUAGCUAGGACUAUAGGUCAUGGGCCACCCAUGCCUGGCAAGGCAAAAAGCGCCUUUGUGCUUUGUGUGAGUACUUUAGUAGGUGAUUUACAUAGCUCUGUAUGUACCUGUUUUCCACGUUGAUCUACUUAGAUGAAUUGGGGAGUGUGGCUCAACUGGUAGAGCACCUGCCUAGCAAGUAUAAGUCUCUGAGUUCAACCCCAGUACUGCCCCUCAAAAACUUGUCUUAAUAAGGCUGGGGACAUAUCUAAGGGGUAGCUGUAUGAAUCUCUGUGUUCCACUCCCAGCAUCUGAGGAUGAGGAGCAUUUGCCCAGAAAGUUCCUGAAGGUAUUACCCUUACAGAGUGAUGGUUCAUCUUGGAUCAGCUGGUGAGUGUUUUGCAUGACCCAAGUACUGGUUGUAGGUUAGCUGAGUCACCAUGUCUGAUGGGAAAUAAACUCAAAAGUACAGAACCAGCAGAUUGUAUUAAAAAUGUUUCAUUUAA